AUGGACGAAGCACGCCAUGAGAAGGAGGGAGGACGACCGUCUACGCCCAAGAAGAAGGAGGCCGAGAAGAAGGUACCCAAGCCGGACAAGGGCCUGCCGUCGGUCCCGAUGCUGCGCCCACGCCCCGUCGUCGAGGUCCACAACGGCUCCGAGACCGAGAGCGACUCGGAGACGAGCCAGCGCCAAGGGUCGUUCUCCGAGUCGGAUGGGCCAACGCCGGGACGGGCGGCCCACCGCCGGACGCCCAGCAACGACAACAAGAUGAGUUUGCGCGAGAGCGUGCCCAGCGACAUCCAGCGCACGGGCGCGAUGCUCACCAAUUUGCUGGCGCGCGGCAGCGAGAUGCACAACGACCGACACAUGCAAGAGGGCGCGUUGCGACGAGUGCCCGAGCUGCCAAAGCCCAACUUGCGCAAGCCCGAGAGCGAUGGGCCGUUACCGACGCUUCAUGGCGCUGGUGCUGGCGACAUGCGCCUCCCCGCGCUCACGAUGAACAACCUCAUGCGGCAAAAUCAAGGCGGCCCAUCCGCGCCCGGUCCACCGUCCUUGCCCUCGUCGUCGCACAUGAACGACAUGCACAUGCGCGGCCCGCCGCCGCCGCUACAGGCCCCUCCCCGAAUGGACAUGUCGAUGAACCGUCCGAGUCCAGGAGGCCCCCCGUCGUGGCCGUCGUCGCGUCCACAGAUUGAAAGCGAACCGCCUGCGAUGAAGCGGCCGAGCUCGCCGCCGCGCGAGCGCAACAUGCCGUACCAACAGGCGCCGGGCCCCCAGCUGUCGGUACAAGCACCGCGCGACGACUACGACUACCCGACGUACCAGCCUCCCGAAGCGCUGGUCGGGCAGCGCAUUGCCAAGACGUUUGCCGGGCACGGUCGCUUCGUCGGCCAGGUGGUCAAAUUCAACCCGCAAACCGAGCUCUUCACAGUGGUCUACGCCGAUGGGGACACGGAAGAGCUCACGCGCGAAAACACGAUGAACCUCUUGAUCGAAGACAAGCGCGUCGGGAGCAAGCCACGGGACCAAGGCCCGCCCCAAGCACAACCCGGCCCGCCGCCCAUGAUGCGCAAGCCCGAACACAUGCAAGCGCCGGCGCCUUCAGCCGCGCCGCCGUCCAACGGCGGCUACAAGCUCGCCAUCUCGGAUCGAGAGCUGGACAUUCUGACGACUCUCUUUGAGAAGCACGCGUGGCCGCUGCUGGCCGAGCACGGGUGGAAGUCGGAGAUGCAUGGCGCGUCCUUCUUCUUUUACCCGCCGUGGGCCGGCAAGAGCACACGCGAGCCCGAGUACUUCAACUCGGUGCUCGACGCGAUGAAGUACAUCUCGAUGCACGCUGAACUCAUGCGUCUCUGCUUCCCCGUUGACAUCCAAGCCACGAUUCUGUCGAUUUUUGACCAGAACAAGGCGCCGUCACAAGGCCCGCCGAAUGGCAACAAGCGCCACCUUGACAAUGACGGACCAUCGUCAAUCAACAAGCGGUCCAAGCCCGAGUCGCCGCCGGCUGCAAUGGUCCGCGGUGGCCCGCCACCGAUGAUGGGUCGUCCGUACUACGAAGGCAGCCACCAUCCUUCGCUCCAGGCACAGCAGCACGGUGUGCAUGGUCACCACGCAGGGUACGAGUACCCGCCCGAGCUGAGCCAGUCUCGUCCUGGUUUGUCUGCGCCGCCGCCGGUCUCGCGGUACCCGAGUCGCAUGGAAGACGAACAGAUCGAGUACCACAUGCGCAUGGGGUCGGCGCCGCCGCCGUCGACAAGCAACCGCGGGUAUCCAUCGCCGUCGCCGUCGGGGCGCCAAGCUUCGCCCCGGUUUGCGAUGGGUGCGGGCGGCCCACCGCCGCCCACGGGCGCCCCGACGUCGCGACCGCAAAUGUUCCACGAAGGCUACCAGGCGCGCGAAUACGAACGGUCCCGCGCACCGCCGUCCAACGCACCGUACAUGAUGCCGUCGCCCCGACACCACCCUGGCAUGGAAAGCGUGCCCCGGGGCGUGCCUGCGCCGUCGCGCACUGGUCACUUGACACCCGCAGGGUACGCCGAGUCGCCACGCGAAGCUGCACGGUUGAGUGCCCCGUCUGGCGGUCCGAGUCCUGGUAUGCACCGGGGCCAGCGAGUCAUGAUGUACCCGCCGGGCGCUGCGCCGCCGUCGGCCGGGCCUCCCGGCGCCUCGAAUGCGCGCGACUCCGUCCCGCCCGCCAUGCACGGCCGGUACGCGCCGCCGCCAAGCAACCCGCGCGGCCCGAUGCCCCGGGGCAUGAUCUCGAUUGCAGACUUGGACAAGAGCGCAUCGUCGACGAGCCGUCUGCCACCGAGUAGCGACGGGCGCCUGCGUAUGUUUCCCGGUGACGCGCCGCCGAACGCUGGGUCGUAUCCCCCGAUUGCAUCGGGUCGCAUGCCAACGCCGCGCGAGUGGGACGAGCAGCAGCAACAACAGCAGCAGCAACAACGUGCGCCGGGAUACCCGGACCAAGCUGGCUUUCGUCGCGAAGAGCCGCGCAUGUACCCGCCGGCCGACCGGUACGCGGCCAUGCCGCCGCCGGACACGUCGGGGUACUAUGAGCGUGGCAUGUCGCGGUACCCGCCCGCCCCCGGCGGGUUUGCGCCGCCGCCAAGCAACGGCAACCCACCGAGUGGUGGCCCCGACCCCCGCGCCGCCGAGUACGCGCAGUACGCCCGUCGAAUGUAG